CGCUGGAGCUACGAUGCCUAAAGGAGGGAGAAAGGGAGGCCACAAAGGCCGGGCAAGGCAGUACACGAGCCCCGAGGAGAUCGACGCACAGCUCCAGGCUGAAAAGCAGAAGGCCAGGGAAGAAGAGGAACAAGGAGAAGAAGGUGGAGAUGGGGCUGCAGGUGACCCCAAAAAGGAGAAAAAAUCCCUAGACUCAGAUGAGAGCGAGGAUGAAGAAGAUGAUUAUCAGCAAAAGCGCAAAGGUGUAGAAGGGCUCAUUGACAUUGAGAACCCCAACCGGGUGGCACAGACAACCAAAAAGGUCACACAGCUGGACCUGGACGGGCCCAAGGAACUUUCAAGGAGAGAAAGAGAAGAAAUCGAGAAGCAGAAAGCAAAAGAGCGUUACAUGAAAAUGCAUUUAGCGGGGAAGACGGAGCAAGCCAAGGCCAACCUUGCCCAGCUGGCGAGCAUCCGGAAACAGCGGGAGGAGGCUGCCAGGAAGAAAGAAGAGAGGAAAGCAAAAGAUGAUGCAGCUUUGUCAGGAAAACGAAUGCAGUCACUCUCCCUGAGUAAGUAGCACGGCCUGUGGGAGGAGAUAGCAGGGAACGGGGCCGUGCUGCCAGGACCUCUGCUGUGUCUCACCCAC